GCUUCUCGUAUUAUAUAAGCAAAGAACUUGGCAUCUAAGCGAAACCAAGAGACAAAAAAAAAUAAAAUCAAAUUUAGAGAGUGCCAAAAGAAAAACUACUAUCAAAUUUGUUAUUUCGACCCCCAAGUUUUCAUUUUGAUAUAUUUCACCCCCCGUGUCCUUCUUUUUCUCGUUCUUUCACAGAUUUUAACUUGUGCUAAGAAGGUGUGUUUUUGAUCCUUCUCCGUUACGUUUUUAAGAUACAUAUGGCAGCCAUAGAUAUGUUCAACAGCAGCACAGAUCUCUCAGAUCCUUUGAAAGAAGAGCUCAUGAAAGCACUUAAGCCUUCUCUUCCUCCGGUUCCAAACACAAUCUUCGGUUUCAAUCAAACCGCACCUCUCGGUCUAAACCAACUCACACCUUACCAAAUCCACCAGAUCCAAAACCAGCUUAACCAGAGACGCAGCACCACCAUCUCCAAUCUCUCCCCAAAGCCUGUUCCAAUGAAGAACAUGACCGUUCAUAAACUCUACAGAGGAGUCAGGCAAAGGCACUGGGGAAAGUGGGUUGCUGAGAUCCGUUUACCCAAGAACCGGACCCGACUCUGGCUCGGAACUUUCGACACAGCAGAAGAAGCAGCCAUGGCUUAUGACCAAGCUGCUUACAAGCUUCGUGGCGAGCUCGCGAGGCUUAAUUUGCCACACACGAGGCGCGAGUGUGGAUACGGAGGUGGUGAUGAAAGCUUCAAGCCUCUUCAUCCCUCUGUCGAAGCAAAGCUCGAAGCGAUUUGUCAGAGCUUGGUGAAAACAGAGGAUCUUGAUCUCCCCUGUUCUGAAACAGAGCUUUUCCUCCCGCCAAAAACAGAGUAUGAAGAAAAUACGUUUUCCGAUGAGUCUCAGGUUGGAUCUUCUUCGCCGGAGUCUGGGGUUACCACUGCGUUCUUAGGUUUUUUGGAUUCAGGGUUUGAUGAGAUUGGGAGUUUCGUGCUGGAGAAGUUUCCCUCUGUGGAGAUUGAUUGGGAUGCGAUUAGCAAACUGUCUGAAUCUUGAAUGAUGCCUCAUAUUAGUUAGUUACUUAGUUAAUCUCUGCAACUGAAUUUUUUUUUUUUACAGUUGUAGAGAAUCGUCUAAGGUUGUCUCUGUUGAAAUCAUCCCUCCAUGUGUUUGGUCUGGCUUGUUCAUGUGUUUUUUUUUUCAGAAACCUUGCCAUUGACCAAUCAUCAGAGGAGUUUAUGUGUACUAUAUCAUCUUUAAGUUUCUAAAAUGUAAAGUAUUUAAGCUUUUUAUUUUAUGAUCAAUUUUUGUUUUGUUA